AUGUCCCGCGCAAAGACUGGGGUCAGAUGCCCUUCUCACAGCGAUGUCAUCCUACCGAUGCAGGACCCCUACAUGACUCAAAUCGCCGAUGGAAGAAAGAACUACGAGUUUCGAAAAUAUUGCCUCAGACCCAGUGUGAAACGAAUCUGGUUCUAUCGGACUGCUCCGCACUCCAGCAUCACGCAUGUUUGCGAAACACGGUCCGCCCGGACGCGGAAUGCCGGUGAUGCUCCACUGGAAGAAAACGGGCUGGGUAAUGCCGAAUUCAACAAUAAGCACAAAGACUGGGAUGGCUACGAUUUCGCUUACGAAAUGGUUACUGUCCGUGAGCUCCGGCGGCCCAUCACGUUGAAGGAGAUGAAGGAGAAGCAUGACUUCAAGUUGGCACCGAGAGGUCUUGUCUAUCUGCCCAAGUCGAUUAGCGAUAGUGUCGAUUUGAAUCAACAGAAGCUAGUAAGAAGCCGAUGUUCAGCUUGCUAUUGA